UCAAUAAAUCAUGGCGGCGGUGCCCAGAGACGGCACCGGCGCUCGCAGCGCCACCGCGCGGGCGGCAAGCAGCUUCUCCCGAGCAACGGCGGCUGCCUCACCGAAGCCGGCGAUCCCUGGCGUCAAGCACGGCCUGAAUGGCGCUGCCUUCGUCUCCUCUGGCAUCCCCGACCUCGAUAGGAUUCUUGGAGGAGGCUUUCAGCUUGGGACAGUGGUGAUGGUGAUGGAGGACGCGGAGGCGCCGCACCAUCUCCUUCUUUUGAGGAAUUUCAUGGCCCAGGGCCUUGUUCAUCGCCAUCCGCUUCUCUUUGCCAGCCCGUCGAAGGAGCCAAGGGCGUUUCUUGGCACGCUGCCGUCUCCUGUUUCGGGUUCGAAGGAUGAGAGGCCGCGGAUGGCGCCGGGGCUUGAUCCUGAUACUCAGGACCAUGACAAGGGAUUGAGGAUUGCUUGGCAGUACAAGAAGUACUUUGGGGAGCAGCAAAGCAGUGAGCUUCACAGUAGAGACUGCAGGCAGGAGUUUAGCAAUGAUUUUGACUUGCGGAAACCCUUAGAAAGACAAUUGCUUAAUGGGCAACAUAUUAAUUGUAUAAGCCUCCUCGAGUCUCCAAAUCUUGAAGUUCUCCAAGACCAUUGUUCCGCUUUUUUAUCCAAACUUCCUCGAAAUGAUGGCACUAUUGGAUGUGCAGGCCGGAUUGCCAUACAAUCACUCUGUGCUCCACAAUGUGGUUACUUUGAAAUGGACUGGGAUAUGGUUUCCUUUAUUAGAUCUUUGAGAGCAAUGGUGCGAUCUUCUAAUGCAGUUGCCGUGGUAACUUGUCCUACUUCUGUUCUUCCACCUUCCUUCAUCAAGAGAUGGCAACACCUUGCCGAUACCCUUCUCUCUGUACGAGCAAUUCCAGAUGAAGAUAAAGACAUGGCAAAACUCCUCACCGGUUACCAAGAUAUGAUUGGCCUUUUGCAUGUGCACAAAGUUGCUCAGCUUAAUUCACAGGUUCCGGUAAUUCUAGACGCGACCACAUUUUCACUAAAGCUGCAAAAGAGACGAACUUUGGUCUUGGAACGUUUGAACCAAGCUCCAGUUGAUGGGUCUACCGGAAGUCCAUAUGGGGUCCCUGGCAGUUCUGGAUCAUCAAAGUGUUCAUCAAUUGAUUUUUGAGGGAACAUAGCCAUUUUCUAUAGUUUCCCAUUGUUGUUUGUGUAGUUCAAUGGAAGAUUUUUUAUUAUAGGAAAUGAUAAAUCUGUGGUUCCGUAGUAUUUAUUCUUUAGAAUAUAAGGAGGGUUUAUCAGUGUCAACAUUUGUCAUAGACUCAUAAUAAUAAACUUUUCUUUAGAUGUUUUGGAUGUGA